AUGGAGGACAGAGCACAGACAAAUUCUGUCCAAAAACACGACAAAGGACUAAACACUCAAAAUGGACUUCAGACUAUACUUGUGCGUGAGUUUGAGCCAGAGGACAAACCCGCUGUGCAGCUGAUCUUUUCUGAAGGGCUGAUGGAGAUGGUACCAGACACGGCCUUCAGAGGCUUGAGGCAUCACCGUGAGAGUCUCCUGCUCUACUCUGCUAUGACAGUUGUGUGUUUUAUCAUCACCAUGUGUUGGUGGGUGAUAGGACUCCUCCCUGCAAUUGUGCUGUGUGGGCGCUACUUCUACAGCAGACGUGUGAUCCACGGUUACCUGGAGCACGCCAUGAGCACAGACAUGGGAGACAUCGAAGGCUUUUAUAUGAAAUCACCGGACUCCUGUCUGUGGGUAGCGGUGCUGGAAGGCAAAGUGGUGGGUGUCGUAGCAGCGGUCGGCCAGCGGAAGUCAGGAGGUGCUGUCGAGUUGCAGCGGAUGUGCGUUGACCGCAGCUAUCGGCGGUGUGGCGUCGGCGUGGCACUGGGACGAAAGGUGCUGGAGUUUGCUGUCACUCGCAGAUGCUCCUCUGUUGUCUUGGGAACCACGGCGUACACACGUGCCGCACACCAGCUCUACCGCCGUUUGGGCUUCCGCUGUGUGGGGGUCACCAACGGGUACGUCACACCUGGUGCCAGGUGCUCCUUACUGGAACGAAUAUUCUACAGGGUCCGCCAUCAUCACUACAGCCUUGAUGUUCAGAAUAGCAAGACACUUCAAAUGGACAACACUGACCUUGGUGGGGGUUCAGAUGUGUCGGCAGCAGGAAAAUGACAGCCUUGGCUGUCUGUUGAAAUGCAUUCAUGGAUAAUGACUGGUCUUUCUCAAAGACGCAGUAGAGUGCUGUUAUUGCACCACUGACCCUGUGUGGGAGGACAAUGCUGUACAUAUAGCUCUGCCUCUGUCAGCUAUGGUUUCUUUGAACCAUGACGACAGUGUUUCUUCCCCUAAUCAAGUAGCUUUACUAACCUAAACCUUACCUCAGAAAAGGUUCAUAUGAAAUCACAAAUUAUGUCAAAUUAUGUCAUCCUACAGUGCUGCUAGAUCAGAACAUGAUCAUACAGUAUGGGUCGGGCGAGGAAAGCACCUAUUUUGCUUUUUAGGUAUGAGGGCUACCUGAAUAGAGAACCAAUGUGUGUGUGUGUGUGUGUGUGAGCCAUGUAUUAUUGAUGUU